AAGCCACGUCUGAUUAGAUGGGUACUACUAUUGCAAGAAUUUGAUGUAGAAAUCCGUGAUAAGAAAGGAAGUGAGAACUUAAUUGCUGAUCAUUUGUCACGGUUAGUCAACAAUGAGGUCACUAGCAAGGAGUCUGAAAUCUGGGAAUCUUUUUCAGAUGAAUCACUCAUGUAUAUUCAGCAGAGGCCUUGGUUUGCUGAUAUGGCGAAUUUCAAAGCUGCAGGAGUCAUGCCGGAAGACUUAACUUGGCAACAAAGAAAAAAAUUUUUGCAUGAUGCCAAGCAGUUUGUUUGGGAUGAUCCGUAUUUGUUCAAAAUUGGAGCAGAUAAUCUUCUAAGGAGAUGUGUUACAAAUGAAGAGAAUUGCGAUAAAUGUCAAAGAGCAGGGACAAUUACUAAACGUCAUGAGAUGCCUUUACAAGGUAUUUUAGAGGUUGAGGUUUUUGAUUGUUGGGGUAUUGAUUUUGUUGGACCUUUCCCUCCAUCUUUCAACAAUGAAUAUAUUCUGGUAGCAGUGGAUUAUGUGAGUAAAUGGGUGGAAGCAUUAGCUUGUCCUAAAAAUGAUGCUAGCACGGUAAUUAAAUUCUUAAAGAGACAAAUAUUCUCACGCUUUGGCACUCCAAGAGUGUUGAUCAGUGAUGGAGGAUCUCAUUUUUGCAAUUAUCAGCUAGAGAAAGUACUCAAACACUAUGGAGUAAAGCAUAAGGUAGCUGCACCUUAUCAUCCACAAACCAAUGGACAAGCUGAGGUGUCUAACAGGGAGAUAAAAAGAAUCCUGGAAAAAACAGUGACUUCAUCAAGAAAGGAUUGGUCUCUCAAAUUGGAUGAUGCCCUUUGGGCUUACAGGACAGCAAUGAAGACGUCUAUGGGAUUAUCACCAUUUCAAUUAGUCUAUGGGAAAGCAUGCCAUUUUCCAGUAGAAUUGGAGCAUAGAGCAUUAUGGGCUUUGAAAUUCUUGAAUUUUGAUCCUUAUGAAACUCAAUGCACACGCAGACGGCAGAUUUUGGAGCUUGAAGAAAUGCGAUUACAUGCAUAUGAUUCAUCCAAGGCUUACAAAGACAAAAUUAAAUUUUAUCAUGACAGGAAGCUGAUUAAAAAAACCUCAAAUAUUGAUGGAUAUUCUGGAUAUAAUCAAAUUGUGGUAGAUUCAAAAGACCAGGAGAAGACGGCUUUUACUUGUCCUUUUGGUAUCUUUGCAUAUAGAAAGAUGCCUUUUGGAUUAUGUAAUGCUCCAGCUACGUUUCAGAGGUGUAUGCAGGCAAUCUUUGCGGAUCUGUUAGAAAAAUGCAUUGAAGUAUUCAUGGAUGAUUUCUCAGUUUUUGGAAAUUCUUUCCAAAGAUGUUUAGCUAAUUUGAACACUGUCCUCAAAAGAUGUGUUCAGACAAAUCUGGUUUUGAAUUGGGAAAAAUGUCAUUUCAUGGUAACUGAAGGAAUUGUAUUGGGGCAUAAAAUCUCUGCUAAAGGAAUUGAGGUAGACAAAGCUAAAGUAGAAGUUAUUGAGAAACUACCUCCACCAAUAAAUGUAAAGGGGAUUAGAAGUUUUCUUGGUCAUGCUGGGUUUUAUAGAAGAUUUAUCAAAGAUUUCUCAAAAAUUGCUAAACCAUUGAGUAAUCUUUUGAUGAAGGAUGCUCCUUUUGUGAUGAAUGAAGACUGCCUGAAAGCUUUUGAUAUAUUGAAGGAGAAGCUAGUGUCAGCUCCAGUAAUUGUAGCACCAGAUUGGAAUCAAAAUUUUGAAUUAAUGUGUGAUGCAAGUGAUUAUGCAAUAGGAGUUGUCCUUGGCCAAAGGAAAGAACGAAAGUUUCAUCCAAUUUAUUAUGCUAAUGGAUAUUCUGGAUACAAUCAAAUUGUGGUAGAUCCAAAAGAUCAAGAGAAGACGGCUUUUACUUGUCCUUUUGGUAUCUUUGCCUAUAGAAAGAUGCCAUUCGGAUUAUGUAAUGCUCCAGCUACAUUUCAAGGGUGUAUGCAGGCAAUUUUUGCAGAUCUCCUAGAAAAGUGCAUUGAAGUCUUCAUGGAUGAUUUUUCAGUCUUUGGAAAUUCUUUCCAACGGUGUUUGACUAAUUUGGAUAUUGUUCUUAAAAGAUGUGUUCAGACAAAUCUUGUGCUUAAUUGGGAGAAAUGUCAUUUUAUGGUAACCGAAGGAAUUGUGCUGGGACAUAAAAUUUCUGCUAAAGGGAUUGAGGUAGAUAAAGCUAAAGUAGAAGUCAUUGAGAAACUGCCUCCACCAACAAAUGUAAAGGGGAUCAGGAGUUUUCUAGGUCAUGCUGGAUUUUAUAGAAGAUUCAUCAAAGAUUUCUCAAAAAUUGCUAAACCAUUGAGUAAUCUUCUUAUGAAGGAUGCCCCUUUUGUGAUAAAUGAAGAAUGUUUGAAAGCUUUUGAGACAUUGAAGAGCAAAUUAGUGUUAGCUCCAGUAAUUAUAGCUCUAGAUUGGAAUAAAAAUUUUGAGCUAAUGUGUGAUGCAAGUGAUUAUGCAAUAGGAGUCGUUCUUGGUCAGCGAAAAGAGCGGAUUUUUCAUCCAAUUUAUUAUGCCAGCAAAGUUCUGAAUGAUGCUCAGUUGAAUUAUGCUACUACGGAGAAAGAAUUCUUAGCUAUAGUAUAUGCUCUAGAGAAAUUUAGACCUUAUCUUAUUGGGUCUAAGGUGAUUAUUUAUACAGAUCAUGCAGCUAUCAAAUAUUUGUUGACAAAGCCAGAUUCUAAGCCC